AACAUGGUUCGUCUCUUGAAAAAUUGAAAAAUACCUUAAAACGUAUUAAAGAAUUGACUAAUCAAGUGUCAAAGCUGCAAGAUCUUAAAGUGUCAAUACUACAAGACCUUAUAAAAAUUCUUAACGCAACUUAUAUUGCAAAAACAUACGAAAACUUAAUGAAAGAACUCAAUACAUUAAUGAAAGAUCUAGAUUUAUUAUAUUUAUUAGAAUUGGAAAAUCAGCUCCAAACUGCAAUUAACGACCAUAAUUUGAAAGAAAUAUCUUACGAUGAUUUUGGAAAAUUAACUUAUGUAAAUCGUGGUGGAUCUGGAAAUAUUUAUCGGACUUCUUGCAAAUCACUUGAGAAUAAAGAGAUUGCUUUAAAAGAAAUAUACAUUGAAGAUAACGAAAAAGACAUUAAAAAGUUUUUUAAUGAGGUUUGUGCAAUUAUG